AUGGGCGCUGUUGAUCCCUCUUAUCCAUUGUACCCUAUAGCCUCAUUAGUGUCAGCUGCGCUACUGCUCCUCGUUCUUCUCACUAGCUUUAUUCGACAGAGCUGGAACCUCGGGGUCGCCUUUCUGUGCUUCUGGCUAUUUCUCCAGAACUUGACUAGUGGCAUCAGUGCGAUCCUCUGGUCUAACAAUGCGGACGUCAAACACUACAUCUAUUGUGACAUCGUAUCGCAUCUGGACGUCAUAUGUUCCAUUGUCAAGCCUAUGUCGACGUUCAUCAUCACACGUCGACUGUACUUGAUCACCGACCUUCGAUCUGUAGAGCUCCCUAGUCCUGCCGCAAGACGCUGGAAUAUGAUCUGUGAAUGGACGAUGGGUCUCAUCGUACCCCUGGUGUUUGCAGGGCCCAUAUAUUACAUCGUUCAAGCUGCGAGGUUUGGGGUGUACGAGGGAUUCAAGUGCUCGAGCGCCCUAUCAGACUCGGUGUUGACUCUACUGCUAUUCGAAUUGUGGAGCAUCGUCCUACCUUUGGUAUCACUGGUCACAUACUACCCGCGUGUGGCUUUGGUAUUCUAUAGUCAAGGCAAACUCGCCAAUCGUUUCUUGCGCAGCAAUGGGUCGAUAUCGCGUCUCAACUACUUUCGCAUCCUUGCGCUCGCGAGUAUCGACAUUCUCGUUACCUUACCUCUAGGCAUCACGACUCUUGUCCUCGCAGUUUUGGUAUUCCGCGAGUUUGACGUGCCUUUCUACCUUGGGUGGGACUUCGUUCACAGCGACUUCGAGCCGUUUAGCCUCACGUAUGCUCGUAUGAAGGCUGCCGGCGCUGGGAGCUUAGCACAACGAUACUGUCAAGUGUGGACGUCACCCAUUCUUGCCUUCGUUACCUUUGGGCUGUUUGGACUCACGUCAGAGGCUUGUGCUAUGUACGGACAACCGUUCAAAGCAUUGGGAGCGCGGCUUGGAUGGGGGUCGCCCUCACGCAGCGAUGUCUCCGGAACAAUUGGAUCAAUGAAGUUUGGUACGAAUCCCGGAGAAAGCACCGAGGACUCGGAAUUACAGCUGAGCACACCUAGACUAUACGUGGACCUGGGCGCGCCAACGGCAGGUGGGACUUCAGAGAACAAAUCUGAACAUGCGAGCGAAUUCCCAUCGGCGGGAUGCAAGGAUGUCGAUACAUAA